GCACUUUCCCUCACCGGGCAGACGCCCCUCACCCGCCCCGAGUGACUCACUGUUCCCCUGGCCCACAGCCACCGCUGUCUCCUGGCAGGAGGCAGGCGCAAGGUUGUGCCGAAGCCACGGGGUCUGGUGCGAGAGGGCCACUCGGCCACUUGGCCAGGAGGAGGGUCUGCAAGCAGCCGGACAGGCCGGCGCACAGAGGCUGGCCUAGGGACAGCAAGGCCAGUGGCUGGGACUUAUAGUGGCCUGGGGGAGCCAGCACCUCCCCCUCCACCCUGGCUUUUAGCCUUGUCUUUCUUCUUCCCACCAUGAAGAAGGAAGUGACCUGAGAGCCAGCAAAGACAGCCAGCCCCCGACAGGGAGGAGACCAGGGUCAGAGGGCCGUGGCCGUGGGUCCCUCAGCCGCUGGCUCUCCCAACUAGCCAGGCAUGAAGGGUGGUGGCAGCGCCGUUUGGAACCUUAUGUGGAAGUACUGCAUCUCCGUGAGGACCCUCAGCGUGGAGGGCGAGGCCCCCAGCAGCGAGACCGGCACGUCGCUGGACAGCCCGUCGGCCUACCACCAGGGCCCCCUAGCGCCUGCUUCCAGUCUGAGCCCCGACCUCUACGAGCACGCGUCGGUGGGAGCCUAUGGGCUGUACUCGGGGCCGCCGGGACAGCAGCAGCGCACACGGAGGCCCAAACUACAGCACUCGACCUCCAUCCUACGCAAACAGGCCGAGGAGGAGGCCAUCAAGCGCUCGCGGUCACUGUCUGAGAGCUAUGAGCUCUCCUCCGACCUGCAGGACAAGCAGGUGGAGAUGCUAGAACGCAAGUAUGGGGGCCGCCUCGUGACCCGCCAUGCGGCCCGCACCAUCCAGACGGCCUUCCGCCAGUACCAGAUGAACAAGAACUUCGAGCGCCUGCGCAGCUCCAUGUCGGAGAACCGCAUGUCACGCCGCAUCGUGCUGUCCAACAUGAGGAUGCAGUUCUCCUUCGAGGGCCCGGAGAAAGUGCACAGCUCCUACUUCGAGGGCAAGCAGGUCUCCGUGACUGACGAUGGCUCUCAACUCGGGGCCCUGGUGCCGCCCGAGUGCAGCGACCUUGGGGAGCCUCCCGCCCUCAAGUCUCCCGCCCCAUCCAGCGAUUUCGCGGACGCCAUCACGGAGCUGGAGGAUGCCUUCUCGAGGCAGGUGAAGUCCCUGGCGGAGUCCAUCGACGACGCCCUCAACUGCCGCAGCCUGCACGCCGAGGAGGCGCCGGCCCCCGACCCAGGGCGGACCCGGGACGCCGAGCCCAAGACGGCCCUGCACAGCGUGGACCACCACAAACUGGACGAGAUGACGGCCUCGUACAGUGAUGUCACCCUGUACAUCGACGAGGAGGAGCUGUCACCGCCCCUGCCUCUCUCGCAGGCGGGGCACCGGCCACCCAGCACGGAGUCGGACCUGCGGCUGCGGGCUGGGGGCGCUGUGCAGGACUACUGGGCUCUGGCCCACAAGGACGACAAGGGGGACACGGACACUAGCUGCCGGAGCACACCGUCGCUCGAGCGGCCAGAGCAGCGGCUGCGGGUGGAGCACCUCCCGCUGCUCACCAUCGAGCCGCCCAGCGACAGUUCCGUGGACCUCAGCGACCGCUCGGACCGUGGCUCGCUCAAGAGGCAGAGCGCCUAUGAACGCAGCCUAGGCGGGCCGCAGGGCAGCCCCAAGCACGGCCCUCUGGGCGGCCCCCCCAAGAGCCUCCCCCGGGAGGAGCCGGAGUUGCGGUCCCGGCCCCCCCGGCCCCUGGACAGCCACCUGGCCAUCAACGGCUCAGCCAACAGGCAGAGCAAGUCAGAGUCCGACUACUCGGAUGGGGACAACGACAGCAUCAACAGCACAUCCAACUCCAACGACACCAUCAACUGCAGCUCCGAGUCGUCGUCCCGGGACAGCCUGAGGGAGCAGACACUCAGCAAGCAGACCUACCACAAGGAGACUCGCAACAGCUGGGACUCCCCCGCCUUCAGCAACGAUGUCAUCCGCAAGAGGCACUAUCGCAUCGGCCUCAAUCUCUUCAACAAGAAGCCUGAGAAGGGCGUCCAGUACCUCAUCGAGCGCGGCUUUGUGCCAGACACGCCAGUGGGGGUCGCCCACUUCCUGCUGCAGCGCAAGGGCCUCAGCAGACAGAUGAUCGGCGAGUUCCUGGGCAACCGGCAGAAGCAGUUCAACCGGGACGUGCUCGACUGCGUGGUGGAUGAGAUGGAUUUCUCCGCCAUGGAAUUAGAUGAAGCCCUCAGGAAGUUCCAGGCACACAUCCGGGUCCAAGGGGAGGCUCAGAAGGUGGAGCGGCUCAUCGAGGCGUUCAGCCAGCGGUACUGUAUCUGCAACCCCGGGGUGGUUCGGCAGUUCCGGAACCCAGAUACCAUUUUCAUCCUGGCGUUUGCCAUCAUCCUGCUCAACACAGACAUGUACAGCCCCAACGUCAAACCUGAGCGAAAGAUGAAGCUGGAGGACUUCGUCAAGAACCUUCGAGGUGUGGACGAUGGUGAGGACAUUCCCCGGGAGAUGCUGAUCGGGAUCUACGAGCGCAUUCGCAAGCGGGAGCUGAAGACCAAUGAGGACCAUGUGUCCCAGGUGCAGAAGGUGGAGAAGCUCAUCGUGGGGAAGAAGCCGAUUGGAUCCCUGCAUCACGGGCUUGGCUGUGUGCUCUCUCUGCCCCAUCGGAGGCUAGUCUGCUACUGCCGGCUCUUUGAGGUUCCAGACCCAAAUAAGCCUCAGAAACUCGGACUGCACCAGCGAGAAAUCUUCCUGUUUAACGACCUCCUGGUGGUUACCAAGAUCUUCCAGAAAAAGAAGAAUUCCGUGACCUACAGCUUCCGACAGUCCUUCUCCCUGUACGGCAUGCAGGUCUUGCUCUUCGAGAACCAGUACUACCCCAAUGGCAUCCGGCUCACAUCUGCUGUCCCCGGGGCAGACAUCAAAGUGUUAAUAAACUUCAAUGCUCCCAAUCCUCAAGACCGGAAGAAGUUCACUGAUGACCUGCGGGAGUCCAUUGCCGAAGUGCAGGAGAUGGAGAAGCACAGGAUAGAGUCGGAGCUUGAGAAGCAGAAGGGCGUCGUGCGGCCCAGCAUGUCCCAGUGCUCCAGCCUCAAGAAGGAGUCGGGCAAUGGGACGCUGAGCCGGGCCUGCCUGGACGACAGCUACGCAGGCGGGGAGGGCCUCAAACGCAGUGCCCUCAGCAGCUCCCUGAGGGACCUCUCCGAAGCGGGGAAGCGAGGGCGUCGCAGCAGUGCGGGAUCGCUAGAGAGCAAUGUGGAAGGGUCCAUCAUUAGCAGUCCUCACAUGCGCCGGAGACCUACAUCAACACGAGAGUGUCCAUCUCGCCCACACCAGACUAUGCCUAACUCAUCCUCCCUCCUGGGCUCCUUAUUUGGGAGUAAGAGAGGGAAGCCCCCUCCCCAGGCCCACCCGCCCUCAGCCCCUCCCCAGCCGCCGCCCCACCCACCGGGCCUGCCCCACCCGCCGCACACGGUGGUGGCCAGCCAUCACCAGGGGCCCGUCGAGGGCCCGCCGCCAGCCUCGGUGCACGGGCACCACAGCCAGUACUGCCACAUGCAGCAGAACCCGCCCCCCUACCACCACCACCACCACUACCACCCCCCCCAGCACAUCCAGCAUGCACACCAGUACCACCACGGCCCCCACGGGGGGCACCCGCCCUAUGGGGCCCAUGUGCACAGCCACCCACCGCUGCCCUCGGCCCAUGCCGGCCACCCGGGCCAUGCAGUGCACCACCACGGGCAGCCGCCCGCCCCGCCGCCCCCUACUAGCAGCAAGGCCAAACCCAGCGGCAUCAGCACAAUUGUGUAGACAGCCUGGGACGGGGUCCCAGACUCCGCGGAACAAGUGCACACCACACAGUCACGCCCAGGGGCGGUCCGCCUCAGACCAGACCCAGGGCCCUUCUCUUUCCACCUCCUCCCCCCACAACCCCCCAUUCCCCAUGGCCUGGAUGGAGCCCCCUGAGCCCACGGGGCUUGCGCUGUAGGGAACAGAGCUCCCGAUCGCACUUAGCGUGGCGUCCCAGGUUCCAUCCACUUCGACCCCGGGGUGGGCCUCGGCCACCAUCAGCCUUGAAACCAGGGCCACCGGCCACAUAGAUGUCGAAAUGCCCCCCCACCCCAAAGCAGCACUCAGCUCUGCUCCCUAACACACAUAUGAAAACCCAGCCUAGGAAAAGAAGAAACGAGACACAAAAACCAGAGACAGAACAAAACAAAACAAAAAAACCCAAACUUGCUGCAUUUAUUGCUCUUUUAUUGACAAUGGGCAAAAAAUUAAGUAGACCUGAUAUGGUUGAUGAAAAUAACGUAAGUAAACUUUAUAUAAUAUAAAUAUAUAAAUAUAUAAAUAUAUAUAUAUAUAUACUGUAUAGGUAGUAUUUGUGUGUGAAAGGAAACGUCUCAGUCCACAAAAUUAGCAAUAUAGACUUUAUGAGGAGCUCCACUUACCUGAUAGGAAGACAGUACCUUACAUGAAUGUGUGAGAGAGAGUAAACCAAAAACGUAAAUGCUAGGAACAAAUUCAGAUACUUCCAUAUUUUCAUAAAAAGAAGAGAAGUCCCUCCAGGACUGGCUAAAAUCUUUACGCAAUCAUUACUAACUGUGCCAAGUAACAUAGCAUCUAACUGUUUAAAAAGUCCAAUAUUGCUUUGUAUAAAUCCUUAUUUUAUUAACAGAAAACUAUCCUAAGUACUCAGUAUUAUAACUACUCUGUUAUUUCAGGUAAGCAAAUAGAUAAAAAUGCAGUAAAUCUACAGUAGCAACUCGGGACAACUAGUUAGGAACUGGUUGUUCGAGGAUAUUGGUGACACAGAUUCUUAGACACUUUAAUGGCUGCGAUAACUGUGAAUUCCCAUGAUCCAUAUUUCUUUUGUAUGCAUAUGAUUUAAUGCACACUCAUUCAGAGCCCUCCGAGGGGGGGGCACCCAUCCACGGCAGAAGUGUUCAUCUCCAACAUGAAAACGGCCAGCUCCCAUCCUCGUCUCCCCAACACCAUAACUUACUCAUCCUGUCUCAAAACCGCAACAGGCACCAGCCCCCGAGCGAGUUUCUGCCGGGAACCGCUCAGAGCGAGCCCGAAGGCUGAUUCUAGCAUGUAGCAACCCAGGGCGGUGUGUGUGUUUCCCAUUUUGUUUUCUGAGUGGUAGCCGUGAUCAUCGUGAUUUCAUGUGGCCGUGUGCUAGCACAACCCCCCCCCCGCCGUGUCAUCACCGUGACCCCCCACCCUGACCCCGGCUGACAAGUGCCAGCCCUCGCCAGCGACGCCCUCCCCCCUGCUGCCUUCUCAUGGUCCAGUUAGCUGCCAGGGCAUCACAUGACUCUCAGCUGUGCUCUUGUCGCUUCCAUGUUGUGGUGACACCAUCCGCUCCUUCGGGGCCGGGCGCCACAUGCGUCCGGUUCUGUGACUGAGUCACCCACGGGCCGUACUUUGUAGUUUCAGCCUUUCGAGCCACUGCAGCCGCCAGUGCUGUGCUCCUAAGCCGUGGGACCCGAGGACUGCCCCACGGCCCCUGCCCCGGUGGAGAGCCCUUUCAGAAAGGGCGAAGCUAGUGCGGGACUCUGCGGGCCCCGGGCUCCGAGCUCCGUGGAUGGCGUGGCGUGCCGUGGCCAGACGGCAGGACGACCAAGGGGAGCUCACCCGGCGGGCCGACCGGGGCGGGGCGGGAGGGUUCAGGGUCCUGCCCAUUUCCCUCCCCACCCACCCCUUUGUCAUAUCAUUGGGGUCACCAUACCAGCAAAUCUGCAAACCGAGCACUUUGUUAAUCUCCACAGAGAGCAAAUACAGCAAUCUAGAGUUUAGCCUUUUUUUUUUUUUUUUUUUUUUUUUUUUUUUUUGGAAGUGUGACUUUAACCUGCCCACCUUUAUCUUCCCAUCAGUGUCAUGUUUCUCUCCCGGGCCUCUGCCUGGAAGGAGAGAAGUAAACAGCACGGGUAUGUCCGAUUUGGUCCAAGCUGGGCUGGUGGGAGGCUCCCCGCUCCCGCUCGCCCCUAAAUUCUUAGGUUUUCCUGCAGAGUCAGGCUCCCCGAGGCAUUCUCUGUCUUGCAGUUUAAAGGAUGUUGUUCUGACCAGGACAAGUCGAAUUGUACUGCAUGCCACCUGGCGCCAGUCCUGCGAGGCCACACUCUAUGUAUUGUGUAUUUGCAGACUAUAUCAGUGUUACUGUUGACAAAUAGUUGAAGUAAAGUGAUAACAUAUGAAAUAUGUCGCCUUUUCUUCACCCUCUGUACCAAUAGUAAAGUCUAACUGUAAACUCGAGGUUGUUCCAGAAAAGAUACAGGCUGCUUGGCACCAGAUUACCCUUUCCAAAGGGAUGACCACGAAUGAAGAAGAAGAGGGCAAAGCCGAUGGCAGGGGAGGUGGGGGUGAGGGUGGUGCGCUCUGUCCAUCGCCGUCCUUCGUGCUCCACAGGCCGUUCAGAACCCUCACCUCCAAAGCUAUCAUCCAUGUGUCCCGAAGCUUUGUUGGGGCGUCCCAGGGCCGGAUCUAGCAAAAGGGUGCUUCCGGAAUGAAUUCCGUUUCUCCCCGUGUUUCCAACUGGACACAGUGUGUUGGGCUCAAGUCAGUGGUUUUCCUCACUGUUUAUGUUAUAUUUACAAACUUAUCAUGGGAGAUGAUACCCCUUCCAGAAGGUACAUUGUUCUAUUAAGGAGGCUGGAGCCACACUGCCAAGUCUCAUUUGGGCAGCAAAAACCUCUGAAAAAUUGCUAGGCCCCCCCAACCCGCCCCCGCCAUCCCCAGUGUUGCUUUUAUGGGACAGUUCCUUCUAGACAUGGCCCUCCACAGAGUCGCAGGUGUGGGGGCCUGUCGUCCACCCCACCCCCACCCCUGGGAUAGGCUGCAGGAUGUGUGUGUCAUCCCUCGCCACUGUCAGGACACACUUGGGACAUUUUUCUCAAGUUGCACAAAUCGUUGCAAUUGAACAGUCCUUUGGGCAGGAGCAGGAGACCCUAGCAGAAGUGGCUGAAGAUCUUUUCUGGGACAACAAUCAAGUCAUGUCUUUGUAUCUUUUUUUUUAAGUUUAUGAAUGAAUUGUACAACAAUGUAAAAAUAAAGUUCAUCCUAAUAUGUGCA